CUUAUCUGGAUUUACUAUUGUCUUAACUUAAGAAUAGUGAAUAACGUUAAGCUAAUAUUAGUUUAUUCUCUCAGCAGUUUACAAUGGUCGAUAAAAUUAUAGACAGAAGAAAAUCUCAAUUAUUUUUGCAUAACAUAUCCCCAGUUACAAAUAGUUAUGAUGAACUGGUCAAGGAAAACUUGACUUGCGGCAAAUUUCCCACAACGAAGACCGGCAUAAUCAAGAUGCUUGGGCUUAGUUUUCUAGUUGGCGGCUUUAUUUCUUACAUAUUCAGUUCAGAACCUUGUCAAGAUGAAUUUUAUUCAUACUUUUUUUUCAUUAGUACCGGUGUUAUCACAUUAGGAGAAUUUACUUUAUUUUUGAUCUUCUCUUUUGGUUUAACCGUAAAGCAUCCCGCAAAAUGGAUAGCUCUGGACAUUGUAUUCGAUCUGCUAGCAUCGCUGUUUGCCAUUGCGGCGUCGAGCCUUUCAAUGAAGCUGUGUUCCACUAAUGAUAUUGUCAAUAAAAUGACUGGGACUUUGAGCAUAAUUGGCAGUGCAACUUUGUUUUUCAGUUGCGCCGCUCUUUUUUUAAUGUAUCGUUACGUAACAUAUGAAGAUGAAAAUGAAUUGCCGCAACCAAGACCCUUGAAAGAUGCCCGAAAAUCCAUAUUUGCUUAAUGGAAUCAUCUGCUGUUAAUUGUUUUUCCGGUAAAAAAAUCCAAACCUGCUACUACAAGCAGCUGCAAAAAAUAUGAUAAUAUACCUAAUGUUUAAUGGAUAGGGACUUCUGAAAGCACUUUGCAUAAGCAUUGGCGAUCGAGAUUUUCGAGAUAACAGAGAUCUUCAUGGUAAAUGACCUAUUUCACUGGCAUAAUUAUAAUUUUUCAAAAGAUUGGUCCCGUACAAAUAAAUCAACAUCGUGCUAAUCAAAUUUUCUCCUAUUAAACUCUGUUGCCUAUUGCCUCUGUUGUAAUCAUAUAGAAGUCACUUUAGUGGUACGAGCGUUAGGUGAUGCGGAUGUGUCCACCAGAGCUUGAUUUGGUAUCAACGAAGCAGAUUUUGGUUAAUAGGAUUCUUAAUUAUUUGCGAUUUUCGCAAGUUUAUGGAAGGUCUGCAACUCAAUUAAUAAAAAAAUCACAAAGAUCUUAAUUUUUUACAUUUGUUUAUCCACUAUAGGAAUUUCGACCUGUAAAUAUCACCCCCUGGUUGGUGCAUAUAAAGGCACUUUAUUAUUAUUAUCUUCAUUUUUACAAGGCAAAUUUCAAAUGACCAAUGGUCAGUAAGCUUUCUUGGAUUUUGUUAAAAAUAUUCGAAUAUUUUUAUUUUUCAAUAAUUUCUAUAUAUGAAAGCAUUACUACCGCAUUUUAAAUUGGACUGAUAUAGUUUGACAAAUUUCUACUGUGAUUUUUUCUACAUUUUUUAUUGAACUCAC